AUGCGUUUAAGGUUGGAUCCUGACUUCUCAGAAUUCUUGCUUCGCAUUGGAGAUAGAGUUGAGCCCUAUGUUAUGGAAAUCAUGGUGAAACUUCCAGAUGACAUUAUGUUGGAAUGUGAUGGAGAGCAGGUUGUUAAGAGAUUGAUUCACGAGGUUUUUGCAAGACUAGAAGAGAAUGCAUUUGACAAAGUUAAUAUGAAUCGGAGGUCCUUGAUAACUCCAAAGAAUGACGUUGUCCAAAAUCUCAAUCAGAAAGUUAUUGAAAUCUUCCCAAGAGCCGAGGUAGUGUAUCACUCCUUUGACACGGUAACAGAUGACUCCAAGAAUUUAUGGACAAAAUAUUUUCUCAACAGUGUUGCUCCAGGUGGAUUACCUCCUCACAAGCUUAUACUAAAGAUAUGUGCUCCAAUUAUUCUCUUGAGAAACCUUGAUCCAAAGUGUGGUCUUUGCAAUGGCACAAGGUUACUGUGUCGAAGACUAUCCACAAACUUCAUCGAUGCAGAAAUUGUUACAGGUAGUUGCUCAUGGAUGAGAGUGUUGAUUCCGAGGAUACCCAUGGAACCCCCAGAAGAGUCAAAACUUCCAUUUAAGCUUACACGAAAGCAGUUUCCAGUUCGUGCAAGUUUUGUUCUAACGAUAAACAAGUCUCAAGGGAAGACCAUACCACAUGUUGGUGUUUACCUACAAGUACAUGUGUUUAGUCAUGGACAGUUGUAUGUUGCUUUAUCCAGGGGAGUCUCAAGGAUCACAAUAAAAGUAUUAGUUAAGAACGAGCCUCUUCCAGAUAUUGCUGGAACAUGUACCAAAAAUGUUAUUUUUCAAGAUGUCCUGAAAUUAUGUGAUAGUGUUGGGUGA